CAUAAGUAGGUGAUACCAGAUCUUUCCUGAUUUUUAAGAAAGUUUCGGCAAAUCUUGACGAAUAUUCCGAAGUAUGUUAAGGAAGGACGUUGAUGUUUUCAGAUUUCGUUCAUUCGUCCCUUUUCCGCUUUAGUUUUUGUUGAUAUUUCGUUGUAUUAGUCGAAAACGGAGCUACAUCACCGUUGAGCUUCCUCCCAAAAUGGCGGGAUCGAUUCUGAUCGAAUUUGACCGUAUUUGGACCCACACGGGCCCCAUAUCCACCUCAGCCUUUGCGAGCACAUACCACAGGUUCACUGCGAACGGGAAAGCGUCUUCUUUCACAGGCAACUAAACAUGUUUCCUUGAAGCAGAUGACACCAAUGACGACGGCCUACGAUGAACAACGAUUUAACAUUCCGAAACCAAGAAUCAUUAAAGAAAAAACUAAGAUUCGGAUAUCCAGCGUAACAGGUCAGCUAUCAAAAGCUCUCCUUCUGCGCGGAACGCUACUCAGGGGAACGUGUAUGGAAAACGCUACUAGAAGAAGUCGAUCUGCUGUUGUGUCGAGUGAAGUGAAAGGAUGUAAAUCAGGUAUACAUGUAAAAAGAUUUUCGGAGAGGAACACUGCUGGCUUAGGAGAACAUGUAUGGAAAACGCCCCUCAAAGAAGUCGAUCUGAUACUUCAUCGAGUGAAGUGAAAGAUUAACAAUUUCUAACAGUAUCUUCGAAAGACGUGACCUUCCCGCCAGGAAAUGACUUCAAUGAAUAACGUCACACUUUCGAAGGUUAAUUGUUAUUUCAUGACAGUUACCUCUCGUUUGGACUUGCCAUUGAGAAUUCGGAAUCACUCAAAUUGAGCAGUUUAUACCACUCAAUUUGAGUUCUACCAAUUGAUUUGCAAGGAUGUUCGUUAUACUAGAUGAAAUGGUGUCACACUUUCGCGGAUCUAUUUGCAAUAGAACUUUUUAUGAUUCAUUCACGAAUUUGGAGAAGUUGACUUUUAUGUUGAUAAUUCAUGCCGUUAUAUUUUCUUUUGCAAUUACUCGGAACAAAAUAUGGCUUAUUAUUGCGAUUUCUGGGAUGAUAUACAAUUAAGGCAAAUAAAUUGGCCGAAUGUGA